UCCCACGGGGCGGAGAGAGCCAGGGUGCGCGCGUGGGAGGUCGCUCCCUCGGGAGCCUGGGAACUCCCGACCGCCACCCGGCGCCGUGCCACCGCCCUCGCGUUCCCAGCCCUGGCGCGCCCCCAGGCCCUGGCGAUCGGCAUGGAGCUGCCUCCCCGCGGCCGGGGGCCUCCGGGCUCGCCGCUGUCCAGCGGCUCCCUGACCUCCUUGGAGUCCAGCGUCUUCUGCAGCGAGGGCGAAGGGGAGCCCUUGGCGCUCGGGGACUGUUUCACCGUCAACGUGGGCGGCAGCCGCUUCGUGCUCUCGCAGCAGGCGCUGUCCUGCUUCCCGCACACGCGCCUGGGCAAGCUGGCCGUGGUGGUGGCCUCCUACCGCCGCCUGGGAGCCCUGGCCGCCGCGCCCAGCCCCCUGGAGCUCUGCGACGAUGCCAACCCCGUGGACAACGAGUACUUCUUCGACCGCAGCUCGCAGGCGUUCCGCUACGUCCUGCACUACUACCGCACCGGCCGCCUGCACGUCAUGGAGCAGCUGUGCGCGCUCUCCUUCCUCCAGGAGAUCCAGUACUGGGGCAUCGACGAGCUCAGCAUCGACUCCUGCUGCAGGGACAGAUAUUUCCGAAGAAAGGAGCUGAGUGAGACUCUAGACUUUAAGAAGGACACAGACGACCAGGAAAGUCAGCACGAGAGUGAGCAGGACUUCUCCCAAGGGCCUUGCCCCACAGUCCGCCAGAAGCUCUGGAAUAUCCUGGAGAAGCCUGGCUCCUCCACGGCCGCCCGGAUCUUCGGGGUCAUCUCCAUCAUCUUUGUGGCCGUGUCCAUCGUCAACAUGGCCCUGAUGUCAGCAGAGUUAAGCUGGUUGAACCUGCAGCUGCUCGAAGUCCUGGAGUACGUGUGCAUCAGCUGGUUCACCGGGGAGUUUGUCCUGCGUUUCCUGUGUGUGCGGGACAGGUGCCGCUUCCUGAGAAAGGUGCCCAACAUCAUAGACCUGCUUGCCAUCUUGCCCUUCUACAUCACUCUGCUGGUAGAAAGCCUGAGCGGCAGCCAGACCACGCAGGAGCUGGAAAACGUGGGACGCAUCGUCCAGGUUUUGAGGCUGCUCAGGGCUCUGCGCAUGCUCAAGCUGGGCAGGCAUUCCACAGGACUCCGCUCCCUUGGGAUGACAAUCACCCAGUGCUAUGAAGAAGUUGGCCUCCUGCUCCUGUUUCUAUCUGUGGGGAUUUCUAUAUUUUCAACUGUUGAAUAUUUUGCAGAGCAAAGCAUUCCCGACACAACCUUCACAAGUGUCCCUUGUGCAUGGUGGUGGGCCACUACAUCCAUGACUACUGUGGGAUACGGGGACAUUAGGCCAGACACCACCACAGGAAAAAUCGUGGCCUUCAUGUGUAUAUUAUCGGGAAUCCUGGUCUUGGCUUUGCCUAUUGCUAUUAUUAACGAUCGCUUCUCUGCCUGUUACUUCACCUUGAAACUCAAAGAAGCAGCUGCUAGACAGCGUGAAGCUCUGAAGAAGCUCACCAAGAAUAUAGCCACUGAUUCCUACAUCAGUGUGAACCUCCGAGAUGUCUAUGCCCGGAGUAUCAUGGAGAUGCUGCGUUUAAAAGGCAGAGAGAGAGCAAGUACCAGAAGCAGCGGGGGAGACGAUUUCUGGUUUUAAACUUGUUUUCAAUUUAUUUCCAAAAGCUGUGUACAAUUAACUCAAUUGAUAAAGCCUUGCUGCAGAUGUUUGCAUUGCCGAUGAGGAAUCUUCCGAGUUCUCUCCACUUCAUAUUUGAUGAUACAUUAUUUGGUCCAGUAGAAUAUUUCACACCCUGCCCCAUAGCAAUUACACAUUGUUUUGAUACAUCUGCGUCUCAAAAAGAGACACAGUUAGCAAAAGAAAAUAGCAUUAUGGCCACUCACCCAUGUAUGGUUUGUCAAAUCUAAGAUAACAUUAUUGCAGUAUAUCCAAUUGUAGUUGAAAGUUGUAUAUGUGUCUCUACUUUUAGAAAGUAUUUUGCACCAGUACAAAAUACAAAAAUUAAACUGCUAGUCCAGAGCUAAGAUAAGUGAACCUUUAAGAACACUCUGAACAUCUUCGCUAUUUAAAGAUAUUUUCUGAGUCAGUUACUACUCCCUUCUCCGUUAUUGCAAGCUCUUGAGUGUAACAAUUAGCUGUGCGAGAAAAACCUGACUUAGGGGUCACAUUCUGUGUCCCUGUCUUCCACAUGGUGCAAGUUACAACUCACAGCCAACCUCCCAUCUUUACUGCUACGGGCGGGGGCCCCAAAACUACCUAACCUGCAGUAAAUGAGUUUGCACAGACUCCAGAAUCCCAGUUCUCCAUGAAAAUCAGGCUAAUUGCAAGAUAUUUCAUUAUAGAUGUUUUAAGUCACGUCUUGAAAAUUAUGACUAUGUAAAAGUGAAGUUGUGAGCAUCCUAAAUUUACCAGCGGAGAUUAUUAAAUAGUCUUAUUUCAUAAAGCAAGAAUAUGUUGAAUGACAUCAUUGGAUGAACUUGCAGAUUCUUAAUUUGUUAACAAAAAAUAUUAUGGAUAGAUUUCUGAUUGUUGGGGUAAAUAACAAAUGUUCAAACUUUGCAGGCAUUGUGACAACAUUUUGACAUUCAUGAUAAUAAAAUUCCUAGACAUUCUGUUACAUAAUUAAAGCCAAAACCUCUAAGCUAAGAGUGAGCUUAUGAUUCCAAAUAUUCCAGAAAAGUAAAUUUUUUUCUAAAGUAACAAGAGUAACAAGGAGUGUAUCUCUUAAUAUCUGUUUCAUCUAUAUAUGAAAAAAUAUUAGAUCUUGGUGAGGAUAUUUUUUCUUCUGAAUAAAACUCAGAUAUACUGGCCAGUGAUUUAGCUCAGUGGCAUAAGCAUCUGCCUGGAAAGCGUGAUUUCGUUUCCGAUACCAAAACAAAAACAAAAAUAGAGAUAUAAAUUCAGUAUGCAAAUAUAGAUAAAAAAUAUCUGACCUUAAAAUUUCAUGAAGAGGAAUUUUAUGGAAAAUGCCUAGAAAGCUAUUUGCUGAGGAUGGGUGAUGAUAUCAUUAAAAACCUUUGCUUCACUCUGUGGCUAUAACAUAUUUCAUCAUCUGUAUUUAAGACACCCUCUAUAUUGUGAAAUAUCCAAAAAGAAGGUUCCAUGAGUUGACAGAUGCUGUGAAUGAUAAAAUGCACCCAGAUUUUGACCCUGUAACAUAUAGUAUAUAUCUUAAAAAACUAUGAACUAUCUCAUGUACUACCUCUUGUUUGCUAGUAUGCCUGCUUAAGCUUGAAGACUUCCAUUUGUGGUACGAAUUUUAGAUUAUAUUCGAAAGUACUUUCAUCUGUGUGACUUGCUUUCACUACUCCUGAAUAUUAGAAAAUAUGGGUUUGAACAAACAUCUUACACACAGACACGAGUGUGAGGUCAUGGCACAGGGCCACCAGUCCUGGUAUAAAUCUAUUCACAUUCUGAAGGGAAGGAGAAAUUAGAUGCAGAGACAAUCACACUCUGGCUUCUCUAGAGGUUUCCCUGAUGAGGACAGCUACUCUGCUUUAGUACUAGCCUCUGUACUCACCAAGUAUUGUAACACAUUAUGCCGAAAAUAUCCCAGUUUUAUAUAUUACUAAUCUUAUACUUCUCUAAAUGUAUAUUUUAUAAAUUUAAUAAUUCAGAAGUAUUUCUUUAGUAUCUCUCUGGGUGGUGGGGACUGACUAUUCUUUGUCAAACAAGACUAAGUCCUGAUCUUUUGUGUUUAAUAGUCUAUUCAAGGAUGUUGGGAGAUGUCAAAACUGAGCUAUUAAAAUAUGUAAAUUUAUCUAAA